AUGGCAGCAGACAGCAGCAUGGCUCCUGAAGAAAAGCCGAGCGCUGCUCCUGUGAGAAGGGCUGUCCACAAGAUCCGGAUGGCCAGCCAGGUCUUCAGCUUGGCACGAGGCUGGCAGCAGUGGGCAUCUGACCACCAUGUAAAGCAAGAGCAAGAGCCCUCUGGAUGGGUCCCCACUGCAGGAAGCUCAUCAGCUCAGCCUGUACAAGAAAGUUCCUUUGAAAAACGGCGAAUUCCAUCCGUCAAGAGGGACCAAGAAAAAGAUGAUGAAAAAUCCUUAGUAAAGGAUUUGGUGACAAUAAGAGAUGCUGAAAAAAAAUCAAGGGAAUCAGAUGAAGAUCUCAAAAUGUUCAGCAUUAAAAGCAAAGAGGUGACCAAAACAGUUGUCAGCAAAGCCUAUGAACGAGGAGGCGAUGUCAGCCUCCUCAGUGAAAGAUUCGAAAACAACAACAGCAGCUCCGAGAUGACCAAACUCAAAGAAGAAUCAAGCGCUAUUGACAAAAUUCUUAGCGACAAAUUACCUUCAACCAUAAGGAGGAAGUGUUCAAAUGUAGUAUCAGAGAUGACCAAGGGCUGGGAGGAGAUGGAAGACGAGAACAAAGAUGGGGCCAAGGGAGAGCUGCUGCUGAAGUGCCGUGAAGACAGCCUGGAUGCCCAGGACAGUGGCUAUGGGGAAGCAGAGGACAAGCUCGAGCAGGAGGACAGCGACCGCGAGGUGACAGCUGUGAGGAUUAAACGCCCUGUCCCAUCUCUCGCCAGCCGGCUGAGCGAGGAGGCGCGGAGCAAGGCGCGCAGGAAAUGCAGCGCCGUGCACAGCCUCAAGGACAGGUGGCAGGAAUGGGCCGACCAGCACAUCAUAACGCAGAAGCUGAACCCCUUCAGCGAGGAGUUUGACCACGAGCUGGCCAUGUCCACGCGCCUGCACAAAGGGGACGAAGGGUACGGCCGCCCAAAGGAAGGCACCAAAACUGCCGAGAGAGCCAAGCGAGCCGAGGCCCACAUCCACCGGGAGAUCAGGGACAUGUGCUUCAUCAUUGAGUCCAUGGCCAAGCCACGGCCCGACGGCAAGAUCCAAGUCACUUUUGGGGAACUCUUCGACAGAUACGUUCGUAUUUCAGAUAAGGUUGUUGGGAUUCUCAUGAGAGCCAGGAAACAUGGGCUGGUGGACUUUGAAGGAGAAAUGUUAUGGCAAGGAAGAGAUGAUAAUGUCAUCAUUACUUUAUUAAAAUAA